UCCACCUGGAAGCUUGUGACUUUUUCUUUCCUCUUCUCUGCUUCAGUCUCUCUGGCUCCAUGGAUGUGAGUGAGCUAAAAAUGUUGCCUGGCGGGGAAAGCGAUGGCACAAAGGUGUGUGUAAAGGUGCCGGGCCCAACUCUGACAUACCAGAAUAUUCAAUACUGCAUUAGAGAAAGCCGUGGACCGUGCCGCAAGAGAGGUCCUGAGCGAGAAAUCCUGAAAAACGUCAGUGGAAUCAUGAAAACCGGCCUGAAUGCAAUCAUGGGAGCAACAGGAAGCGGCAAAACAUCGCUGUUAGACGUGAUCGCUGGAAGGAAGGAUCCACGAGGUUUGCGUUCAGGUGAAGUUCUGGUUGACAACAAGGUUGUGACCUCUGACCUCCGUCUCAUGUCUGCCUAUGUCGUACAGGAUGAUAUCCUGAUGGGAACUCUGACUGUGCGGGAGAAUCUUUUAUUCUCUGGAAAUCUACAACCAAUUAUGUGUCCAGCUUCUGUAUGUAUGAAAUUAAGCUUCCUUUCAUUCAUGUUUCUUUUACAAAAUCAAGUAAGUCUGUUGUGUGUGUGUGUGUGUGUGUGUGUGUGUUUUAGGCACGAGAACGCUGGGGGAUAUUACCGUACAUCUGUGUAUUUCCUGUCCAAGGUGUUUGUGGAUCUGUUACCUAAUCGCAUUGUGCCGAUUUUCAUCUUCUCCAGCAUUUCUUACUAUAUGAUGGGGUUGAAUCCAUCAUUCACGACCUUCCUGUGCUUUGCACUGACCAUGUCCAUGGUCAGUCUGGCAGGAGUCAGCUUGGCUUUUCUUGUCAGCGCCAGCGUGAGCACUUUCGCCAUGGCCAACGUCCUCAUUGCCUUGCCUUUUGUCUUCAUGAUGGUGUUUGGAGGGUUCCUGGUGAAUCUCAACUCUAUGCUCAACUGGCUGUCCUGGCUCAAGUGGGCCAGUAUCUUCAAAUAUGGCCUAGAUGCUGUGACUAUAAAUGAAAUGAAAGGGCAGGUCUUCUACAGUGGCAAUACGACACUAACAGGAGAGAUGUAUCUGCAGUCUCAGGGGAUCGACUACAGUGUGUGGGGCUUCUGGCAGAACCAGGUGGCUCUUCUGGGCAUUGUACUGGUGUGCAUGACGUUUGCAUACAUACAGCUGCGCAGGAUCAACCGCUGGAAAUAAUGUGCAUGUUCUUCAUUAAAGAUUCACUCCUACACACAAUAUGUAAUUUCAUAAAAUUAUUAUUUUGUUACACCAUGUCCAUUUCUGUAUAUUUAAUUCACAUUUGCCUAUGUAAAUUAUUAUAUUUCAAUGUAAUUAUUAAUCUAGGCUUUCUGCGUUUGACAAUGAAGCAUUUUUGGAAAUAUGAAAUGUGCUGUAAAGUUUUAAAAAAGCCAUGCUGCAUUUAAAAUGUAUUAUCAACUCUUCAAAUGCUUUUCUGCAAAAUUUAGUAAAAUUAUUCGAUAAAAUGUUUCUGGAAAGGUAAAGUGACUAAAUGUUUCUCUUGCAAAAUAACUGUUAGUGCAAUUGGAAAAUUAACCUUAACUUCAUAGUUACUGACAUUUAACCUUUGUGACAUGUAAAUAUAAAUAUAUUAAAUGAAAUUUAAGUUCUCAGCUCUGUGUACCCAUGGAAGGCACGUACUUAAAAAAUACAAGGUCAUUGAUUUUUGCUCUAUUAAAUAAAAAAAGUUCAUUAUACUUUAAAAUUCCUUUUUCAUAUAUUUUGAUCUAUGUUUGUUUAUCACAUGAAUAAAAAUGCAAAUGUGUAGCCUAGUAGAGUGCAUGUUAGGAUGUUUUCCUUACAUGAAACGGAAGAAGUAAUAAAACCACUAGGCGGCACUGUUGUCACUUAUUGACAUUUUGCAUGUUCCUCCAUGUCUUCCGCUGCCCUGGUGUUAAUUACACACACAACUGUAUUUUUGUAAGUAGUAGUUUGAUUAUAAUGUAUUAGCAUAGUAGGUAAUAACUGAAAUUUGUCAUUCUGUCUUUUAGCCAUAUAUACACAUAUAGCUCACAGACCAUGCAAGGCAUUUAUUUAAUGAAUAUGUUCAUAUUGUGAAAAUAUAUAGUUCUCAGCUCAUCUCUCUUCGUUUAUUUAUAACACAAUUUGAAGUGAAAUCUCUCCAUCAUAUAAUUUGUCCUCCAGUUCCUGCUGUAGUCUCUAAAACCCGCAUAAAGCAGCUGCAGACAUUUCUUUGUUAUUGCCACAUAGAAUAUUCACAUCUGUUAGAUAUUAGCAAAUCCUUAUGUGUGUUGUGUGUGUGUCUGAGAGAGUGUCUGUGUGUGUAGUGCAGUCUUCUUGGGUUUCAUUCAGAGCCACAAUGUCAGCGCAAAAAAUCUUGGAAAGCCUCCAAGGCCGAGGUAGAGAGAAUUCAGAGGAAAAUAGUAAAGGAAAAGAGGUGCACAUGAUGGAGAAAGACAAAGAAAGAGAAGGAAGAAACAAAAUCUACUCACAUUUGCUUAGAAUAU